AAAUCCAACUUUCAAAAUAUCUGCUUCUGUUGAUAAUGAUAUACAAAAAUGCAGAAGGCGAGUCCCAAAUUUAUCCAUUGCUGCCUACCAUCGCUGCUGCAGUGCCUUUGCUACAAGCACUAGAAUCUGCACAAUCUUCUUCUUUCACUGUAAAUUUACAGUUAAGAGUAUUGCAAUCCUCAAAAUUAAACAAAAAGCUAGAAAAUCCAUAACCUUACCAAUAAAUGGCGUCCUCCAUUUCCUUCACUUCAACACCUUCUUUCGCUUCCCCUUGUUUCCACCAUAAAAACCCACUCCCUUCGUUUCCAAUAUGGGUUCCCUGCCGAAACCCCACCAACAGCUCUGCCUCUACGCUAUUCCCUAUCUGCUUUGCUGCUAAACCCCAGACGGGUGGACCUGUCAAGAAAAGAUCGUCGUCGGCAGCUGGGAAUAAGAAGAGGAGGAAAGGGAAAAGUGGCAACGAUGAUGGUAAUUUGAAGGAGAUGAGUUUGAGGGAUGUUGAGAUUGUGGAAGAAAAUGAUGAUUUUGAUGAAGGGUCAUCUUCUUCUUCUUCUACUAGUACGACUACGCGUUCUUUAGCAUAUUAUUCUCAUCCGCUGCCCAAACCGCCAGCUGGGUUUGUGGUUGACGACACUGGCAGGGUUCUCAUGGCCUCAAACAAGAGAAUUGCCACCAUCGUUGAUUCUGUCAACAACAACCCAUUAGAGUGUGUCAUAAGGAGGGUAUUCAAAAGUUCGCGGGGUGAUGAAUGUAUGCUGCUCUGCCCAGUUGACAUGCCUGUUCAGAUAUUAAAGAGCACAAAUAUCGAUGGAUGGUCAGCUGUCAGUGAUGAAGAAGUUGAAGCUAUUCUUCCUACAGCUGAAUAUGCUCUUGCCAAAGUACAUAUGCAUCUGGUCCACAGUGGAUUCUGUUAUACAGCUCGAGGAGGAUUCUGCUACUCUGAAGAUGACAUAUUCGAUUUCCGCUCAGAUGACGGUCAAGAUAUAGAUGGGUUGCCAACUGAAGGCAUAGAGAUUACAUGCUUCCAUCUGGAUGGUGCCCAUUACAUGAUUUAUACACCAUCUGAUCCACUACUAUUUGUUGCUUUCAAGGAUCAGAAUGGAAUUCUGCAAAUUGCUGAUGAUGAACUCCUGGAAGACCCUGCUAUCAUGAGUGCCAUUGAUGAGGAAACUGAGUUUAAUGCCUUAGUGGAAGAAGAAGCUGCUCUUCUUGAAUCAUUGUUGGGUGAAAGAUGAUCGGCUUUCUCGGUGUUUAUUUGGAAGUAGCCCCUGAAUUUUAACUUACUACCCCAACCCUUAGUACUUCCCCUCCGCUCAUUUUCACUAAAAAUGCAAGUAAAAAAAGCUAGUAAAGAAAAAGAAAAAAAGGAAAGAAAAGAGUAAAUGAUAAGUUAAUUUUGCUCUGAAUUUCCGAAUUAUGAUUUGAUGUUUAGUUCAAUUGGAUAUUUUCAGUUAUAUAUUAGCAGUUGAAUCGGUUUUUGGUUCAACCUUUGCA